CUUUCUCUUCUUCCUCCUGUUCUUCCUCUUCAUUUCCCCCGGAAACUGCCAUUCUCAUCAUAAAUCAUCAUUACCGUCACUGUCACCGUCACCGUCGCCAUCAUGGAUCUCGACCGCGACUCCGAUCGAAGCAGCUCACCGCUGUCUUCUCUCGCCUCCCGUUCUCCCUCGCCUCCACCCGACUAUUCCUUUCACCAUUAUCUUUCGCCAAUGUCGUCGCAACAGUCCUCAAAUCGCGGUUCGCCAACUCCCCGCAUCACCAACCCCACAACCACCGAUGCCGAAGGCCCUCCACCUCCCAAACGAAGGCGCGUUGCUGGUCCAAAGAUUCGUGAGACUUUGCGAUUGGACCUCAGCGUCACCCCAACUCCCGAUGGCCAGGACAAACCGAUUGAAGCUCUGAUGAAACUCCUGCAUGGCAAGAAGAAGGUCGUUGUAAUUGCCGGUGCUGGAAUCUCCGUCUCCGCUGGGAUUCCCGAUUUCCGAUCCAAAGAAGGCCUUUUUCAGACUCUUAGGUCGGAUUACAAGUUGAAAUCCUCUGGCAAAGACUUGUUCGACGCCUCCGUCUACAGUCAGGACUCCUCGACCUCCAGCUUCCACCACAUGGUGCGAGAAAUGUCAGCAAAGACCCGCGAAGCCCAACCGACACCCUUUCAUCACCUUCUCGCCAGGCUCGCUCAUGAGGGCCGCUUGCUGCGCCUGUACACCCAAAACGUGGACGGCAUCGAGACCUCUAUGGAGCCAUUGCAGACUAGGGUCCCGCUUCAGAAGCCAUGGCCCAAGACCGUCCAACUCCACGGAAGCCUCGAAAAAAUGGUGUGCAGCAAAUGCAAGACCCUUUCCGAAUUUGACGGUUCUCUUUUCGAUGGUCCGGAAGCGCCUCUGUGCAAGCAGUGCGAAACCGACGACUUCACCCGCACCAACUACGCUGGAAAGCGCUCGCAUGGAAUUGGCCGAUUACGUCCCCGCAUGGUCCUGUACAAUGAACACAACCCGGACGAGGAGGCCAUUGGCGAAGUAUCGUCGGCCGAUCUGCGCACGCGCCCCGAUGCUCUGAUAGUGGUUGGCACCACCCUCAAAGUCUAUGGCAUCCGAAAACUCGCGAAAGAGCUGGCAGGCGUUGUACGAGGUCGUCGUGACGGUCUCACGGUGUGGAUUAACCAUGGUCGGGAACCUAGUGGAUACGGUCUCGAGAACUGCUGGGAUAUUAUCGUCAAGGGUCCCUGCGAUGAAGUUGCUCGCCUCGCUGCCAUGCCGAAAUGGAACGAGGAUCCAACAUCGGAUGAAACCCGCGCCCCGUCCGAUAAAUCCAGCCCAUUCAUGGGCGUUUUCCUCGGGAAAUCGAAAGGCGCCAGCAGUAUCCCUACACCAAUUGCAAGCCCGAAGACCGAAGUCGCCAUAGAUUCGAAUCUUGCUUCGCUGGACGAGAAGUCGGUGUCUUCUCUCCAACUAAACGGGGACAAUGAUGGUGCAGAUGGAAAGACAAUGAAACCGGAAUCAACCUCCAUUGUAGACAUGCUGAAGUCUCAAAAGCCAAGCACAAAGGUCAAUGUCGUGAAGAAAGGGGCUCCUAAGAAGAAUACCCAGCCUAAGCGGGCGAAGCGGGCUGCGUCUGGCAAGAGCAAGAAAGAGAAAGCGACAGUGGGGAAUAAUAAAACACUCACAAAUACCUUUAGCGUGUCGAAGAAAUCCAAACAGCCCGCAAAUGUCAAACCGGUCAAAAAGGAGAGUGCUGAGGUUGAACAUGCCGUCAUACCAGCGCCUGGCAACGACAGCAAAGAGGUAGCAACCUCUGUGCUCCAAAACGACGACAAUGCACCCAGGCCGCGAUCCCACAUCGACCAAAACGACAACAAUGCAGCCAAGCUGCGGUCUCACAUCCCGGUCACUCACACCCCCUCGAAAUUCACUUCAUCCCUUCAACUUCCCGAUCCCUUCGCCAUCGAAUCAUCGCAAUCCCGCUUGGAAUCGCAAGAAAAUAUUGGGCAGGCAGCGGCAAUCAUAAAGCCUGAGCAACAUUCUCCCCAUCCUGACUCGCCUUCCCAGAGUCUUCAUACUUCGCUUAGCUCAAUUCCCUUGAAGCGAUCUGGCCCCAAAAUUUCCAAGUCUGAUGACGGUUCGGGCACCGAUGGUUCGUCCAACAGGGACAGGAUUGAACUUAUCGAUGGUAGUCGAGUGCCGGCCGAGGGCUCAUUCAUGAGUAUAUCGUAUAGCGAUGCUCGAAUGCACCAUAUUCCCACCGGAGUAGACGCCGAUGUCUAUCCACUUGAGGCGCCACCCAACCCGGAUGAGGUCUCCCUCGACGCGCCAACAAGCUGGGUCAUUCAAAAUUCAUCCUUCUCCGGGGGAAUCUACCCCGGAUUGCAGCCUGUCGCCACCGCCUACUUGUCCUGGGGGGCCAUCAUGUCAAAACCGCGAAUCCCCUUCAUCUGAAGAAGCU